AAGGAAAUCAUUUUCGGGAAGUCAAGAGUAAGGUUUCUGUCUGGGAGAGUUGAGAGUUGAAGGCGCAGAGUACACUAAACUGUUGUAGUGGUUGGACGUCUAUUUCGUUAUUACUCUUGUAUUAUUACGGUUUAACAAACUAACUAGAAGACAUAAUGGCUGACUGGGACGAUACCUCAAGCAGCCACAAGGUGACCCGUAUCUCAAGGACCUACAAUGUCUACAGAGGGUCUUCUCCGUCCUCACAGAACAGGUUAGAGUCCAGAAUCCGUGAGCUGGAAGAUGCCCUUGACUCUGAGAGAGACAUGCGUCUCAGGUUUGAGAAGCAGAGCGCCGAAUAUUCGUUCCAGAUCGAGCAGCUCUCAGACAGACUGGAAGAGUCGGGCGGUGCCUCCAGCAUCCAGCAUGAGAUGGUACGCAAGAAGGAUGCCGAGCUCUCAAAACUCCGCAAGGACAUCGAGCUCUUGACGCUCCAGUAUGAAGCCCAGGAAGGCAGCAUGCGCAAGAAGCACCAGGAGGCCAUCAACGACCUCUCAGACCAGGUCGACUACCUCUCCAAGACCAAGAACAGAGUUGAGAAGGAAAAGAGCCAAAUCCUUAUUGAAGUCGACAACUUGCAAGGAAUCAAUGAACAACUCAACAAACUCAAGGGAUCCGCCGAGGCUAAGCUUGAGGGACUCGAGGGCUCCGUCAUGCGCCUCAAGGCCCAGGUUGAUGAUCUCACUAGGCAGCUGAACGACUCAAACGGCGCAAGGGCCCGUCUGACUAAGGAGAACUUUGACCUGCAGCACUCUAACCAGGAGCUGGACAGCGCCAACGCCGCCUUGGGCAAGGCCCGCAGCACGCUGCAACAGCAGGUCGAUGACCUGAAGAGGCAGUUGGAUGACGAAUCCAGGCAGAGACAGAACCUUCAGGUGCAACUCGCCGCCCUCCAGGCCGACUAUGACAACCUGAACGCCCGCUACGAGGAGGAAUCCGAGAAUGCAUCCAUGUACAGGCAGCAGUACAGCAAACUGCAGUCCGAGUUCAGCAUUGUCAAGACAAAGCUCGAGAAGGACCUUAUGGCCAAGACCGAGGAAUACGAGGAACUCAGGCGCAAGUUGAGCGUUCGCAUCCAGGAGUUGGAGGACCUCCUGGAACAGCAGCGCCAGCGUGCCGCCAACCUCGAGAAGGCCAAGAACAGGCUCACCGCCGAGCUCCGAGAAGUCACCAUCGAACUCGAGAACACCCAGAUCAUCGUACAGGACCUCACCAAGAGGAACAGGCAGCUGGAGAACGACAACGCCGCUCUUCAGAAGCAGGUCGCGGACCUGAGCGCCGAGAACCAAGGCCUGCGCGCCGACAAGGCCGCCCUUGAACAGGAAUGCUACCGCCUCAAGGUCGCCAACGCCGAACUGGCUGAGAAGAAUGGCAACCUGGAGCGUGAGAACAACCAGCUCCAAGGCCAGCUGCGUGACGCCAACAACGCCCUGAAGGACGCCAACAGGCGCAUCAACGAGCUGACCUCUGCCAACGCCUCCUUGACCGCCGAGCGCGACAACCUCGCCGCCGCUCUCCGUGACACCGAGGAUGCACUCAAGGACUGCGAGAACAAGCUGGCCAACGCCAACGCCGCUCUGCAGGCCCUCCGCGCCGAGAUGGAACAGCGCCUUCGUGAGAAGGACGAGGAGAUUGAGGCAGUCAGGAAGAGCGGCCAGCGCGCCAUUGAGGAGCUCCAGAGGACACUGAUCGAGGUCGAGACCCGCUACAAGUCCGAGAUCUCCCGCCUCAAGAAGAAGUACGAGACCGACAUCCGCGAGCUGGAGGCUGCCCUCGACAACGCCAACCGCGCCAACGCCGAGUACCUGAAGCAGAUCAAGUCUCUCCAGGCCAGGAACAAGGAGCUUGAAGCCGCCCUUGAGGAUGCCAGCCGAUUCCUGGAUGAGGCCCGCUCCCAGCUGUCCAUCUCCGAGAGGAAGCGCAUCGCACUCGCCACCGAGCUUGAAGACGUCAGGACUCUUCUGGAGAGCGCCGAGCGUGCCCGCAAGAACGCCGAGAACGAACUCCACGACACGAGCGUCCGUCUGUCCGAAAUCACCAUUCAAGUGACCGCCCUCACCAACGACAAGCGCCGCAUGGAGGCCGACAUCACCGCCAUGCAGUCUGAUCUGGAUGACGCUCUGAAUGGCCGCGGCGCCGCCGAAGAGCGCGCUGACCGCCUCCAGGCUGAAGUAUCCCGCCUCGCCGAGGAACUCCGCCAGGAACAGGAUAACUACAAGAACGCCGACUCCCUCCGCAAGCAGCUCGAGAUCGAGAUCAGAGAGAUCACCAUCAGACUCGAGGAGGCUGAAGCAUUCGCCAUGAGGGAAGGCAAGAGGCAGAUCGCCAAGCUCCAGGCCAGAAUCCGCGACUUGGAGGCUGAAUUCGAGUCAGAGCAGCGCCGUGGCCGUGAGGCUCACGCCAACGCCCGCAAGAUCGAGAGACAGUACAAGGAGCUGCUUGCCCUGAUGGAGGACGACAAGCGCCGUAUUUCUGAGCUGUCGAGCCUCAACGACUCCAUGUCACUCAAGAUCAAGACCUACAAGAGACAGAUCGAUGAGGCGGAGGACGUAGCAAAUCUUGCAAUGAACAAGUACAGGAAAGCCUGUUCAAUCAUUGAGGAAACCGAGUGCAGAGCUGAUAGCGCCGAGAAAAAUCUGCAAUUUGUUCGUCGCGCUAGGUCCAUGUCUGUUGUAAGAGAUACUUCAACCACCAGCCAUGUGAUGGAUGGAGGCAUAUCUAGCUAUCGCAUAUCUAGCAUUCGCGGAUCUAGCAUGGGCAUAAAUUAAAAACGUUAAAGAGACUAUUUCCAAUUUAGAGAUCUUUCGGAUCAAAAACUUUUUUGCAAGUUGUGUAAAUGGAUAAUGGUGAAUGUUCUGAUGAGACCCCCGUUAUUUAUAAACGCUGUUAUUUAUCGUUGUUAAUGAGAUGCGCCGUGCAAGAUUGUUAGCUCAACUCCUCUGUCAGAAAAAGACUUGGAUCCCGGCUUACAAGAAAUAAAUUACGGGACCUCUUGAUACGCAUGCGCGGAAAGCCGGAAGUCAGCAGCCGGAUAUGACAUCACGAAAUCCCAUAAUGCUUCAUUGAUGUUUCCAUGCUUGUGUAGGACAGGGAACAUUACAGCGAUUUUGAACGAUUAUUAGUUGGUUUUAUUUUAUUCUAUGUAGUAAAAUUGAAAUUCGGGUAUUUCCCCAGAAUUUCUAUCAUAGGCCAUGUGCAAUAAAAGAUAUAGAUACUUAUUUUUGUUUGCAAUUUGUGAUAAACAUGAAGAGUUUGAACUAAUGUUGUAUUUAUUUUGUUAUAAUUAUUUACAAAAAUAUAGAAACUUUGCGAUUUUAUGCUUGUGAAUGAUAAAGUGUUUAAAUUGUAUAGACCAGGGUUGUUUUCAAAUCGUUGAUGAUUGUAUCCUUGUCUGCCUUCUUGCUUUGUUCAGUCUUCAUUCUCUUGUAUCCUGUUUAUGGAUAUGAACUGUUACAACCAUUGUCAUUUCAUUGUUCUUAUUUUUUAAAUUAUCUUUUUCAAUUUUUCUCAUGUGUUUUAUUUAGUUUCGGUUUCAUGGGUAAAACAAGAGAAAACUCAAUAACAAACAUCUAAAACAAAUAUAAAUAUUUUUUGAAAUAAAACUCUGUAAGUAAUUCUAUUAUUAAUGCAGAGGAGGAAAUAAAUCGUAUGUUGCUGC